AUGAGUACAACAAUAUUCAAGCUCCUCGUCUUGCCUGGCGACCAUGUAGGUCCAGAGGUCAUGAAGGAGACCCUGAAGGUCCUGAAUGUCAUCGAAGAACUCCGACCCAACUUGAAGUUCGAACGCACCUUCGACCUCGUCGGUGGCAGUAGCAUCGACAAGCAUGGAGUUCCUGUUACGGAUGAAGUAUUGGAGAAGGCCGCUCAAAGCGACGCUGUACUUUUCGGCAGUGUUGGCGGCCCAGAAUGGGCCGAUGCCUCACCAAAUCCCGAAUCGGGCAUUCUUCAACUUCGCCAUAAACUCGAUGCUUUUGCAAAUCUUCGCCCUUGCGAACUGAUCGUCCCGUCGUUACUUGACGCGUCGCCGCUGAAACCGGACAUCAUUCGCGGCACCAAAUUUAUCGUUGUACGGGAAAAUUGCGGUGGAGCUUAUUUUGGUGACAAGGUUGAGAAACCAGACGUCGCUUCAGAUCUUUGGGUAUACAAGCCACACGAAGUGGAGAGGUGUGCUCGGGUAUCAGCAGCCGUUGCGCGACUCCUGGGCAAGUCUGGUGACGGCAAGGGAGGCGGUGGUCCUGCUGUCGUUUGGAGCGCUGAUAAAGCCAAUGUGUUGGCGAGUGGCAGGCUUUGGCGAAGAGUCACAGAAGAGACUUUCAAGAAGGAGUUCCCAGAUAUUGAGCUGCGUCACCAACUUGCGGACAGUAUGGCCAUGUUGAUGGUGAAGAAUCCCCGUGGAUUCAAUGGCGUUAUCCAUACAGACAAUACUUUUGGUGAUAUCCUGUCCGACAUCUCGGGUGGUCUAGUCGGCAGUCUUGGCACAUUACCCAGCGCCAGCAUUUCCGGAAUUCCUGGAGAGGGCAAGUGCAAUGGCAUCUACGAGCCUGUCCAUGGAAGCGCACCAGACAUUGCAGGAAAGGGUAUCGUUAACCCUGUUGCGCAAAUUCUUAGUCUUGCCAUGUUGUUGAGGUAUUCAUGCCUUCUGACCGACGAGGCUGCCUGUAUCGAAUCGGCAGUUGAACGAGUGUUCGAGUCCAAGGAAGCUGGUGGUUUCGGCAUAAGAACGAAGGACAUGGGUGGAAAUGCAGGCACGCGUGAAGUAGGAGACGCGGUUUGCAGUGUUCUUCGCGAGCUGUUGGGAGGAAAGUAG